CAAACACAGAGGCGAUACAUUUUGUAUGUUUCCAUGACAAUCUACGGCAUUCUCAGAAUUUCUUUGAACGGAGUUUCGUUUGACGUUUUGACAUUCCAUAAAUAGUUAUAUGUCAAUACAUAUCAUAACACCACAUACGAGUGACAUUGCUCUCUAAUAUUGCAAAUGUGCAUUGCAUGACAAAUACAAUAUUUGUUAGACAACUUAAGACUAUGCUCACCUGGCUUGGGAUCCGCAACUUCACUAUCGGUAAAAGACAAAUUUUUCAGAUUCUUCUUUCUCUGGUCGUGAUCAUGACUGUCAAUGCCUCGCGCUGUGAUGCAGAUGAUGAGUCCUGUGUACAGGAGAUCACCGACAGACCGAUUAUCGUUGUAGGAAGUGGGUUGGCCGGACUCUCUGCGUCGAUUGAGGCGUACAAUGCUGGAGCGAACGUCGUUCUGGUAGAGAAGGAGCCACGGGUGGGAGGAAACUCGGCAAAAGCUACAUCUGGUAUAAAUGGCGCUGCAUCUAAAUAUCAGAAGAACGCUGAAAUCGACGAUAGCGUUGGUACCUUCAAAAAAGACACGCUUAGCUCUGGAGAUGGCCUGUGUGUUGAGAGUCUGGUAGACCUACUGGCGAAUAACAGCGCCAGUGCCAUCGAUUGGGUCUCCUCCUUUGGCGUUGAGCUGAGCAACAUCGUUUUCAUGGGUGGACAUUCGCAACAACGAACACAUAGAGAACCAGCCAGACCCGAUGGUAAACCCAGUCCCGUAGGCUUCAACAUUGUGAGUGCGUUGAGAAAACACGCUGAAAGUCUAGUUGGAGACAAAUUCGCGAUCAAGACUGGUACUAAAGUAGAACGGGUCAUAACGACGAAGGCUGGGGAGGACAUUGUGGCGAGCGGCGUGCAAGUCUCAGAUAGUGACGGAAAUCGUGAAGAGCUUAUAGGCACAAUUGUCUUGGCAACCGGUGGCUAUGGCAACGAUCAUACCGACUCCUCGCUUUUGCAGGAGUUCAAGCCUGAAGUCGCGAAUCUGCCGACUACCAACGGACCCUUCGCCACGGGUGAGGGUGUGAAGAUGGGUAGGGCUAUUGGGGCGCAGCUGAUGCAUAUGGACAAGGUGCAAAUCCACCCCACUGGAUUCAUUGAGGUGACUGACCCCAACUCUGCGAGCAAGUUCUUGGCCCCUGAAGCGCUCAGAGGCUCGGGUGGCAUCCUUUUGAAUUCAGAGGGCAAGCGCUUCACCAACGAACUCGGGCGCAGAGACGAUGUGACGGCUGCUAUCUUCGCGCAGAAGACCACCCUCAAAGGCGUGGACAACUCCCCAUCCGUAGCCUACAUGCUGCUGAACGAGGACAUGUGCGAUAAGUUUGGGCAGCCAAAUUUAGGGUUCUACAAGUUCAAGAAACUGGUCAGGCCUGUGGAGUCGCUGAAGGACCUGGCCGAGGAAAUGGGUGCGGAUGUCGAGACUCUGAAGGAGACCCUCAGCAACUACGGCAAGGAUGCGGAUCCAUUUGGCAAGAAGGUCAUCCCCUACACCUUCAACGCAGACUCCGACAAGCUCUGGGUUGCCGUCAUCACACCUGCCAUCCACUACACAAUGGGAGGUCUGAGUAUCAACACCCAGGCCAACAUAAUGGCCGAUGGCUCCAACAGACCCAUCAAGGGACUGUAUGGCGCAGGAGAGGUCACCGCUGGGGUUCACGGCGGCAAUCGUCUGGGUGGCAAUUCGCUGCUGGAGUGUGUGGUCUUUGGGCGCAUCGCGGGCAAGUCUGCCGCUACCUACACACAGGACACCUUGGCAUCUGCCAGAGAACUCGACGAGCCUACAGAGUAACCCCGAACACCUCCAAGAGUAACUCCCGGAGGCACAGAGUAGCUUCAACUCAACCAUUAAUAAGUUGAGUCACCACUCUUGAUAGAGCUGUGCUGGCUGGACAGACCAAAGUACCGACCCAGGCAAGGCCCUGCGGAAUCUUCAGUGAAUGAGACCGUAUAUAUAAAUAUACAUAUAUAUAUAUAUGUGUGUGUGUGUGUGUGUGUGCGUGUGUGUGCGCGCGUGUUACGAAUGAUAAGCGUCUUACUAGCCAGCUCAACGCCUCUCGAGUAUUGAGAGUAGUUUCAUAGAGUACAUGCCGUUUGCAAUAAAACGAAUUGAUAGCAGUUCUAGUG